GCCAGAAAAGAACAUACUGAAAUUAUGGGAAGGUCUCCUUGUUGUGAUGAAACUACUGGCCUUAAGAAAGGUCCCUGGACCCCUGAAGAAGAUGACAAGCUUGUCAAAUACAUCCAUGAAAACGGCCAUGGUAGCUGGAGAGCCCUCCCCAAGCUUGCUGGUCUGAAUCGAUGUGGGAAAAGUUGCAGGCUGAGGUGGACAAAUUACUUGAGGCCUGAUAUUAAGAGAGGGAAGUUUUCCCAUGAAGAGGAGCAAACGAUUCUCAAUCUCCAUUCCGUCAUUGGAAACAAAUGGUCGGCGAUUGCAAGCCACCUACCUGGACGAACAGAUAAUGAAAUAAAGAACUUCUGGAACACUCAUCUAAAGAAGAAACUCAUCCAAAUGGGGCUCGAUCCCAUGACUCAUAGGCCUCGAACUGAUAUGCUAUCGAGUUUGCCUUAUGUCAUAGCUUUGGCUAACCUAAAAGAGCUCAUGAAUCAGCACCCAUGGGAGGAACAUGCUUUCAGGCUUAAAGCAGAAGCUGUUCAAUUGGCUAAGGUUCAAAGCUUGCAGUAUCUUCUUCAACUAACCUCAGCUUCCAUUUCAUCUGGAUCUAACAUUAAUAUGCACAAUACUUUCGUUACUGAUGUGGAUGCGAUCGAUGUUUUAAACUCGGGUUCUUCGAUCAAGGAUUCAUCUCUGCUGGAUAUAGCAGCAGCGGCUUCUCUUAAAGGUCUCCAUGAUUCAACAAUUCCUUUCCUUCGUUUGCCGGAGCUACAACAAGUCCCGUUCGAAGAUUCAACAUCGACGAAAAACGAUAUCGAGAACCUCGAUAAUUCACCACCGACUGUGAUUCCAACGGUUGCAGAGACGUUGACACACAAUUCGUGGGAUGCUAGCUGUUCUUCGAGCUACCGAGAAGCUGAUCUUUCCUCUUGGCGUCAUGAUGAUGAUCACCUCAUCUUUGAAGACCCUUUGUUCCAUGAGCUUUCAAGCUAA